AGCAAAAGCCAUUGCUCCAAUCUGUCACUCCACCAAAAGACAAACGGCCGGUGAGCUGAGCCGGAAGUCGCUCGAGCCGCGGUCACGAGGCCGGAAGUUGUCGCCAGGGGUGAAGCGGAGCGGCGGCGCGGGAGGGGAAGGACGUGUUCGAGAUGAAUACCAGAGGCCUUAAAUCCCAACUGAAGGACAGCGUUCCUAUUGGAGAAUUUGGCCUUCAUGCAGGACCCUAUGGCGUGCAUGAUACCAUGCGUGGAGGAUUCUCCAAUGUGAAGUCCGAGCUUUUGCCAAGUCAUCCCCUGGAAGUUUCAGAAAGCAAUUUUCAGCUCAAUCAAAAUAAAAUGAAUUUUGCUAUGUUGAGAAAUAUUCAAGGAUUAUAUGCACCACUGAAGUUACAAAUGGAAUACAAAGCAGUAAAGCAGGUACAGCGCUUACCAUUCCUCAUGAGUUCCAACAUUGCACUUGAAACACUUCAAGGAAAUGACGAAUGCAUUGGAUUUGAAGACAUAUUGAAUGAUCCAGCACAAAGUGAAAUAAUGGGAGAACCACAUCUAAUGAUGGAGUACAAACUUGGCUUGCUGUAAUUAAUGGAAAUUCCUAAGGAUUUUAAAGAGACAAGUGUUGCUUCCUGUUGCUCUGUAUAGGUUGUUCUGAAUGUAACCAGAACAUCCAAAAUAUAGACACUUCAACAACUAACCCAAAAUGUAUAAUUUAAAACUUUCUCAUAGAACUCAAGUUUGUAAAAAGGAACAAAUGAUAAAUUAAUGCCUAAAAGAAUUCAUCUACCGGAAGUCCAAGUCCUAUGUCUGUAUUAGCUGUUAAGAAUGCUUUGCAUCUCAAUUGCACAUAUAUAACAAAAUUAUAGCAGUGUGUUAAGUUGUACUCUAUUUAAUGCUAUUUAUAGCAUCACUAAAAUAUGACAAGUGCGCAAUUAGUAUCAUAUCACACUAUCUGACUUGUCAUUUAAUGGCAAUUAGGGUUGCAGCAACAUUAUUAACUCUUAUGUUUCUUUGAUUGUGUAUCAAAUGCUGAGAUAUUUUAGAAUGGGCCGCUGGGCCAAGUAUUUGUUGAACAGCUAUAAGUUUUAACAUUUAGUAUCCAUACAUAUUUGAACCAUUGUUCAAGAAAAUACGUUACGAUUUCUCGGUCAUAUUGAAGGAAUGUUGUCUCUUUAAAACAUACACCCACUAUGUAGUGGAAGUUAUCGAUUAUCAUUAUAUUCAAUAUUUAUCGUCCAGUUCUUA